CCCCCAGCCCUGCUGGGGUUGGGGGCGCGCCUCCCGUUGCCGUGCAGCGGUUGUCUUCCACCGCGGUGGCUGUCGCCGCGGUUCCCUGUCGCGCGCCAUGCGUCUCCUCUGCUGGUGGCAACUACUGCUGUGGGUGCUGGGCCUUCCGGCCUGCAGCCUGGAAGUUGCAGAGGAGAGUGGCCAUGCGUGGCGGGAAGAGGAGCCUGGCCCAGCUCUCCAGGUUGGGGCCCUCUAUCUGCAUGAAGAGGAGGCCACGCAGGGCCAUCAGGGCCAGGGGAAGGCGGCAGAGCCUGCUGAUCCCUCGCUGGGGCCGGGUCCUCGUGGAGAUUCCGUGGUGGUGCUGUCGGUGAUUCCGGGUGCGGCCGAAGAUCAACGGAGUGCGGAGGCCCCAGAUGGCACCUGCAGUGCGCUGGGUGAGGACGACCCGCGCUGCAGCCAAGACAGCCUCUUUGCGCUGCACGGUGCUGGCGGCUUCCCGGAGCGAGAAGAGGAGUACUACCCGGAGCCAGGUGUGGCGGAGGCUGAGCCCGUAGCCACCGAAGAUGCCAACAGCACUGACAGCCUCAAGUCUCCCAAGGUGAACUGCGAGGAGAGGAAUGUGACCGGGCUAGAAAAUUUCACCCUGAAGAUUUUAAACAUGUCCCAGGACCUUAUGGAUUUUCUAAACCCAAAUGGUAGUGACUGUACGCUGGUCCUCUUCUAUACCCCGUGGUGCCGGUUUUCCGCUAGCCUGGCCCCUCAUUUUAACUCUCUGCCUCGGGCAUUUCCAACUCUUGCCUUUUUGGCAUUGGAUGCAUCUCAGCACAGCAGCCUUUCCACCAGAUUCGGCACCGUAGCUGUCCCUAACAUUUUGUUAUUUCAAGGAGCUAAACCCAUGGCAAGGUUUAAUCACACAGACCGAACUCUGGAAACGCUGAAAAUCUUCAUCUUCAAUCAGACAGGUAUAGAAGCCAAGAAAAAUGUGGUGGUAACCCAGGCUGACCGACUGGGCCCUCUCCCCAGCACGCUGAUAAAGACCGUGGAUUGGCUGCUUGUGUUUUCCUUAUUCUUUUUAAUUAGCUUUAUUAUGUAUGCUACCAUCCGGACUGAGAGCAUUCGCUGGCUGAUUCCAGGACAAGAGCAGGAGCACGCAGAAUAGAGACACUAAAGGGAAGAGGGGGUGCCUGGCGGGACUGAUGUUACAGUCGCGGGUAUUUUCUCUCCAAGCGCUGACUUGCAGUGGAAGUCGGAUUCAACAGUCAGGUUCUUGUUGAAGUACUGGAGGGCUGGAAGGUUUGCGUGUGGGCGUGCUCUUACUGUGAGAAUUUGCAGAUGCAGAAGCGCUUGCUAGAAUCAACUGUUCUUGAUUUUAAUACUUGAACAUGACGAAUUCCUCUUCCAGCGUCGCUAAGCAGGAAAGUAUGAGAAAAGUACCAGGAGGGGUGUGGGCCUCUCAGUAGCACCUGUGAGAAGUAAAAGGUCACGCGCCCAUUGUUCUGCGAUCUCUGCUUUCUCUGAAGGAAUUCCAAGUGGUUUCACUUGUUUCUAGGAAUGGCAGAUGUUGGAGAAAAAAAUAAACAUUCUAAUUAAAACCUGUUAAUGCUGUGCUGGAGCAUAAAAUUCAGUCCGCUAUAUAACAGCUGUGCAUUAUUUGAGCACUGAGCUGGGUGAUAGUGGGCAUGCCCUUGGUCCCAGCGCUUGGGAGGCAGAGGCAGGUGAAUCUCUUGAUUUUAAGGCUAGCCUGUUUUACUGAGUGAGCUCCAGGAUGGCCAUGGCUACAGAGAGACUGGAUUGAAAAACCAAAGCAAACAAACCUGAACCCUGAGCUGGAUUGAGAUCCAAAAGAAGUAUGAAACACCAUUCCUGUCUGAAGAUGAGUCUGGUCUAGUUGAGGACACAUUUAGAAAAGAGAUGACAUGGGCUGCUGAGAUGGCUUAGCACAUAAAGACACUUGCCACCAAGUGUGAAGACUCUUGUGUGCGUUCAGUCCCUGUGUCUGCAUGGUGGGAGGAGAGAACUGACUUCUAAAAGAUGUCUGCUGACCACGUGCACACAGGCUUAGAAAAGUGCACAUUUUAUAGAGACAACAUAUAAUUUAUACAAGCCUCUUUUUAAAAUUAUUAUUAUCAUUGGUUUUUAGAGACGGUUUCUCUGUG